AUGGUCAACAUUACGGACAAGAUCAAGGAGAUUGAGGAGGAGAUGAAGAGGACGCAAAAAAACAAGGCCACUGAAUAUCAUCUGGGUCUAUUAAAAGGGGCUCAACUCCUGGAACCUGGUCCGGGAGCUGGAGGUGGUGGUGGUUCAGGUUUCGACGUCAGCAAGAGCGGUGAUGCGCGAAUUGCCCUCGUCGGUUUUCCAUCAGUAGGAAAGUCGACUUUCUUAUCCAAGGUGACCAAGACGAGGUCCGAGGUUGCUUCUUACGCCUUCACAACUCUUACAGCUAUUCCUGGCGUGUUGGAGUAUGGCGGUGCUGAGAUUCAGCUUCUUGAUCUUCCCGGUAUUAUCGAAGGUGCCGCCGAGGGAAAGGGUCGAGGACGACAAGUCAUCUCAGCAGCCAAGACCAGCGAUCUUAUUCUCAUGGUGCUGGACGCCACCAAAAAGGCAGAGCAGAGAGCCCUACUCGAGGCUGAACUGGAAGCAGUCGGUAUCCGUCUGAAUCGGGAGCCGCCCAAUAUCUAUCUCAAGGUCAAGAAGGCGGGCGGCAUGAAGAUCACAUUCCAGACUCCCCCCAAGUACCUGGACGAGAAGAUGGUCUUCAACAUCCUCCGCGAUUACAAGAUUCUCAACUGCGAGGUCCUGGUGCGAGACGAGUUCGCAACCGUCGACGAUUUUAUCGAUGUCAUCAUGAAGGACCACCGCAAGUACAUCAAGUGCUUGUACGUGUACAACAAGAUCGACAGCGUCUCGCUCGAUUUCCUGGAUAAGCUAGCCCGCGAGGACCACACGGUGGUGAUGAGCUGCGAGCUGGACCUGGGUAUUCAAGAUGUUGUGGAGAGGUGCUGGAAAGAGCUCAAGCUGAUCCGCAUCUACACCAAGCGCAAGGGCGUGGAUCCCGAUUUUAGCGAGGCUCUGAUUGUGCGAAGCAACAGCACCAUCGAAGACGUUUGCGAUCGUAUCCACAGGACGCUGAAGGAUACGUUCAAGUAUGCGCUGGUUUGGGGUGCUAGUGCGAGACAUGUUCCUCAGAGAGUUGGUCUAGGGCAUCCGGUGUCGGAUGAGGAUGUUGUUUACAUUGUCAGCGGCUGGCGAGCGUAG